AUGACGUUGCAGAGUUUGCCUUCACCGAUCCCUUCAUGCAAGUGGCUCGUGGAUCAUAUGGUGGAACUUGGGUUUUUAAGAUCGUUAUCUGAGUGGAUUGGAAGCAAUCUCAAGAGAUCCGGAGACUCAGAGACAUGGGCCUUUAACCUGGACGGAGCUAUUCAAAUGUUCAAGUCUUACAGGGAGACUUCGUACUGGUCUUUGCUUGCGAAUCCGCCAAAAGCGACAGAGAUUUCUUUUGUGAUUGCUGAGAAGAGUGACAGAUGGAACAAAGAUACAACCAGGCGGCUUGAAACAAUUGCUAAGCAGAGACAUAAUGUCUCAGAAGAGAAGGUUUCGACUCAUGUUCUCCGUAACUCUGCACAUUGGGUCCACACAGAGAAAAAGUUAUAUAACAGCUUUGUGUAUAGUUUUUUUCUUAUAUGUUGCCGUAAAUAUGCAGGUGAAACUUUGGACACGCUGAAGAGGGCGAUUCAUGAGGCAACUGCAAAAAGUAAAUAUUUCAAACUGUAA